AUGGAUCCUCUGAUGAAUUAUGCAACAAAGAAAGAAAUAACUAAAAGCAUACUUAAUUAUCGGGUGAAAGAAAGGAUGUAUAUCUUUGUUCACACUUUCUGCAUCAUCCUUGUUCAUCUGGUGCAUCAGUACCAUAAACCAUUAGCUCCGGUUCCUUUCAUCUUUAAGGUGGCGGACGUUGCUAUUUAUCCAGCAGCAAUCAAUGAGUGGCGUCAGCAGUGGUACUGUAAUGACGAUUGCACCAUUAAGGAUGACAGCUUAGAAAGAAGAGGGCAAUGGUGAUCCCUCCCAGAGCCAGUAUAGCACAGAAGAGUGCAAGCAGCACAGGGUCAGCUGCAUCUCUCUAUUGCUCAUCUAGAAACAAUGGAAGCCAGAAAGGAGAUGGUCAUGUUCCUGGAGGGAGGUCAACUUGGCACUCUAGUUGGCAAGAGAAUGUCUAAUUUGUCGGGCACAGUAGGAAGCCCCAUUCACGAGCCGCAGGAGAAAAUGCUUCCUAGAAGUUGCCUGAGCCCUAGAUCUGGCCCCUUGGAAUCCAGGGAGAGAGCUGAGGAGGAAGUGGAAGUUGUAUCAGGGACAAGAGCGGACAGCAGAUCGCCAGCGCUGCGCUUCUCGUCGCCUCAUGCGGACUCCCUAUCUGGUAAAGGGCAUCACAGCAGUUCCGACACCGAAUCGGAUUUCUAUGAGGAGAUCGAAGUCAGCUGCACCCCGGACUGCACUACGGCCAGCAGUGACUACCAGCACAGCAAAGGCCAGUGCUCGGAGAGCAUGGGGGGCAGCCCUGUCCAGAAUGGCAGCGAUUCAUCCAAAGGAAGCGGAGGAUCUCAGAGUUCUCUGUCCUGUGUUGGGGACCAGAUGCGCAGAUACAGGACAGCCUUCACCAGGGAGCAGAUAGCACGCCUAGAGAAGGAGUUCUACCGGGAGAACUACGUGUCCAGGCCCAGAAGAUGUGAGCUGGCUGCAGCCUUGAACCUGCCAGAGACCACCAUCAAGGUGUGGUUUCAGAACAGGAGGAUGAAGGACAAGCGACAGCGAUUGGCAAUGACCUGGCCUCACCCAGCAGACCCUGCAUUCUACACCUAUAUGAUGAGCCACGCAGCUGCCACUGGCAAUCUACCUUACCCCUUCCCAUCUCACCUACCUCUUCCUUACUACUCUCACAUGGGCCUUGGCACUACUCCAGCCUCAGCUGCCACCCCCUUCAGCUCACCAUUGAGACCACUGGAUACAUUCAGAGUCCUCUCUCACCCUUAUCCUAGACCAGAACUCCUCUGUGCAUUCCGACACCCAUCCAUCUAUGCUACACCUGCUCAUGGACUUGGUGCUGGGGGUAACCCUUGCUCCUGCUUGGCAUGCCAUACCAGUUCUUCCAAUGGGCUAGCACAAAGGCCUGCAGGCUCUGACUUUACCUGCUCCUCCUCUACAAGAUCAGACUCCUUCCUGACUUUUACCCCUUCAGUCCUGAGCAAAUCAUCUGUCCCUCUUGACCAGAGAGAGGAGGUACCACUGACCAGAUAA